AUGAAGACUGAAGCCAAGGAAAAAAAAAAAGAAAAGGAAAAAGAAAAAGAAAAAGCGAAGAAAGAAAAGGGUCAAGCUUCGGAGAAUUUUUGCCAUCUGUAUUUUCUCGUCUUGCAGAUUCAGAGCGGAACCGACCGAGUAGGAGAAAAACAACAGAAAGCAGCUUUCGCGGUCGAAAAAGAGAAAAAUCAACAGACCGAUCGAAAUGCUGAAAAAGGGAAAGAAGCAGAGUCCAAAAGGAUAACGGCUCGACAAGCCCCGUCGUCACUUCAGCAUUGGGAUGAGAAUCCAAACCAAUUCAACGUUGGAAAAGAAGGCAGACAAAAGAAGGAUAUAAACAAAUUAGUUGAACAAUUGGCGAAAGAAGAAGGCAAAAGUGGAGCCGCGUCUCCGAAGAGUCUUUGA